AUGCAGCUCACCUACUUCAAGCAAGAGAAGCCCAACGGCCAGCAGACCGUGGCCCAGGAGGAAGCGCCCAAGUUUGAGCGCGUCGUCUGGCACAAGGACCCUGGCCUGCGGAAACUCUACUUCUACUGUGUCAUUCUUUCCAUCUCGUCUGCUGCCACAGGCUACGAUGGCAUGUUCUUCAACGGUGUCCAGAACUUCCAGUCCUGGAAGGACUUCUUCGGCAACCCAAAGGGCGCUGACCUCGGCCUUCUCGUCGCCCUGUACCAGAUCGGUUCCGUCAUCUCCAUCCCCAUGGUUCCCAUCAUCACCGACAACUGGGGCCGCAAGCUGUCCAUCGUCAUUGGCUUCAUCCUCAUGAUUGUCGGUGCUGUCAUGCAGGGUGCUUGCCAGAACUACGGCACCUUUGCCGGAGGCCGUGUUCUCCUCGGCUUCGGCAACUCGUUCUCCCAGAUCGCCUCGCCCAUGCUGCUGACGGAGAUUGCCCACCCCCAGCACCGCGCGCGUCUCACGACCGUCUACAACUGCCUGUGGAACCUGGGUGCCCUCAUUGUUGCCUGGACCACUUUUGGCACGGCCAACCUCAACAACGACUGGUCGUGGCGUAUCCCCGCCAUCCUGCAGGGUGCCCCCUCCUUGUUCCAGCUCUUCUUCCUGUGGUGGGUGCCCGAGUCGCCUCGUUUCCUCAUCGCCAAGGAGCGCGACGACGAGGCCCUCGCCAUUCUCGCCAAGUACCACGCCAACGGCAACGACCAGCACCCCACGGUUCAGUUUGAGUUCCGCGAGAUUCGUGACACGAUCCGCCUCGAGCAGGCCGCCAAUACGAGCACCAAAUACGUCGACUUCUUCAAGACCAAGGGUAACCGCUACCGUCUCAUCGUCAUCAUCGCCCUCGGUAUCUUCUCGCAGUGGUCCGGCAAUGCCAUCAUUUCCAACUACACCUCUCUCCUGUAUGGAAACGCUGGUAUCUCUGACGAGACGGCCCGCCUGGGUCUCAACGCCGGCAACACGAGCAUGUCCAUGAUUGUGUCCAUCAGCUUCGCCCUCAUGGUCGACAGGGUCGGCCGUCGUCCCAUCUUCCUGCUGGCCACCGGUGGCAUGUUCGGCACUCUCUGCGUAUGGACCCUCACCUGCGGCCUCUACGAGCAGCACCGCGCGCCCGGCGCCAACAUUGCCAUGAUCGUCUUCAUCUGGGUCUUCUCGUUCUUCUACGCGACGGCCUGGUCUGGUCUCCUCAUCGGUUACGCCGUCGAGAUUCUGCCCUACUCGCUGCGUGCCAAGGGUCUCAUGAUCCUCAACAUUGCCAUCCAGGUCGCCCUCUGCCUCAACAACCAGGCCAACCCCGUGGCCAUGGACCACUGGAAGGGCGAGGAGGGUACUGGCUACGGCGGCAACACGUGGAUCCUGUACCUCAUCUACGUCAUCUGGGUCUUCUUCGAGCUGUGCUUCGUCUUCUACAUGUUUGUCGAGACCCGCGGACCCACGCUCGAGGAGCUCGUCAAGGUCAUUGACGGCCCUGACGCCCAGGUCGCCGACAUAGACUUGGGCCACGUCGAGAAGGACACGGCCCUGGAGGCCGAGAAGCGCGAGGACGCCGGCGUCGAGCAGGUGCAGUACCACUCCAAGGUCUAG